GGCCUCUCUCUCUCUCUCUCUAUGCAUUGCCCCCUUGUCUUCCUCAUCUUCAUCCUCCUUGUUUUCCUCUUCUUCAUCCUCCUUGUCUUCCUCCUCUUCAAUCGCACUUCGCCUCUGCAUCCGACACCACUCUCCGGCCUCCACUUCCAUCCAUCCAUCCAUCCAUGGCAUCUCUAUUUGGAUCCUUCUGGCAGGAUGCGAAGGAUUUUGAGUGCAGGAGUUGAUGUCUCUAUUGAAGAAAUAGAAUCCACUGUCAAUGCUAUUCUUGAUGGAAACAUGAAUGCCAUUUUGGAGCAGCGUCAUAGCAUAAAUGCAAGCUAUGUGGAGAAGUUAGAAAGCUGCAACCAUGGGCAGAUACUGAAAUAGUAAAGGAUAUGAUUGAUGAUAAAAUUUGCCAAUUACUGGGAGAGAAGAUAGAAUCUAAUGAUAAAAAGCUCUUGAAGAAAAAGAAAGAAAAACCUGCAAAACCUGAGGUAGGAUAUGUACUAGGUUAUCCCUUGAAGAAUCAUGCUUUUCCUAAUCUAUUGUUCAAACUUCUCUUCUCUAGGAUAAAUGCAAGCCCCCGAUUGACUCUGCACUGCCUAUUGAGACAAAAAUCAAUCCUUUUUUGAUAUUUCCACAGCCAAAGGAAAACUACAUCGUACUAUAAAAAUAAAUCUAAAUUUUGAUGUUUCUGUUACAUCUAUAUGAGAUAAUAUAUGUUUGAUGAUUUCAUCUUUUAUUUGUUUUGACUUUUUGCAUUAUUUUUUUUAGCUCAUGGUUUCAUUUGCUUUGAACAAUUUAGUUACAAUUUAAUUUUGCUCUCAUAUAUGUUUAUGCGGAUGAGGCUACCUCAUUUUAUUCAUGUUGGUUCUUAUAAUCUCAAGAGCAUUAUUUUGAAAUGACCAAAUUAUUCUGAAGCAAUGAGUUGAUUUGUGAUCCCCUUGACAAUCUGAAGUUAAUAUUGUAGGUAAAUAAGUUAAUGGUAUUUACUCAUCCGAAGAGGUUGUAGUAUUUUAUACCCACUUUUCCUGUCAAUUUUCAUUACAGAAGAAGCCAAAGAAAGAAUGUUGGUACCAUAUUGUCAUUAUCUUCUAACAAUAGUAUUCUUAUCAUUUACUUGGUUCAC